AUGGCAUAUUCUUCGCGGCAGUCGAUCCUCCCAGCCUCGCGGCACUCUACGUUCGGCACGACAUCGAACGCAUCCUCGAACACGGCUUUGCAGCAGCGUAUCACACAGAAGCGGGCCGAGCUUGACAAUCUGAAGCAGCUACGCGACCUCAGUGGCAAUCUGGCGGCGCAGAUGUCUGAGUUGGAGAAAAAGCUGUCAACGCUUCGAGAUGGCGCCGAAAGUGUGGCCUGUGUCCUACAGAACUGGGAGGGCGUCUUAUCUGUCAUAGGCAUGGCGAGUACCAAGGCCGCCACGACACUGGUUCCUAAAGAUGAUGUACCGGGCAAGCCGGAGAACGGUCUCCCGCUCACCCUAGUGCGCAUCCCAGUGGAGGAUAAGAGCCAGGAAGACGAAGAGGAGCGCCAAACAAGAUGA